UCCGGAGUCCCCGCGAAAGCGAUUCCCGCUUGCCCCCCUUAGGGGAACGGCGCCGCUGGCAUUGGCGGUGAGCGGGCGUGAGUGACAGGCUGCAGUGCAGUGCGUUUGCUCGAGCUCCCCUAUAUGGCUGUGGAUUAGCUAUAUGCUAAUAUCGAUAGGAGAGAGGAGCAGCAGCGCCGUGCUGCAAGGCGACAGUGGAGGCUAUCAGAGUCUAAGCAGGCUCCUCAACAGCCAUGGCUGAAGGUGGAGAAGGGGAAGAUGAAAUUCAGUUCUUGAGAACUGAUGAUGAAGUGGUGCUGCAGUGUGUCGCCAGCAUUCAGAAGGAGAAUCGCAAGUUCUGUCUAUCUGCUGAGGGAUUGGGGAACCGACUGUGCUACUUGGAACCCACAUCAGAGGCCAAGUAUGUCCCUCCAGAUUUGUGCAUCUGUAACUUUGUGUUGGAGCAGUCCCUGUCGGUGCGUGCCCUGCAAGAGAUGUUGGCCAAAACCGGAGAGAACAGCGAGGGAAGGCUCAUCCGGAAGGCAGUGCAGGGAGGUGGGCAUCGGACCCUGCUGUAUGGCCAUGCAAUCCUCCUUCGCCACUCCUUUAGCGGGAUGUACCUGACUUGUUUGAAGACUUCUAGGUCCCUAACUGAUAAGUUGUCUUUUGAUGUGGGACUUCAAGAAGAUUCAACUGGUGAGGCUUGUUGGUGGACAAUCCACCCUGCCUCCAAGCAGAGAUCGGAGGGUGAGAAGGUGCGCAUCGGUGAUGACCUCAUCCUAGUCAGCGUGUCCUCAGAGCGGUACCUUCACCUGUCCAUCUCCAACGGCAGCAUUCAAGUGGAUGCCUCCUUCAUGCAGACACUGUGGAAUGUCCACCCCACCCGAUCUGGAAGCAGCGUGGAAGAAGGCUAUUUGCUAGGAGGUCAUGUGAUGCGUCUGUUUCAUGGACACGAUGAGAGCCUCACCAUUCCUGGGUCAGACCAGAGUGAAGAGCAGCAGAGAAUUGUGAACUAUGAGACGGGCAAAGCAGGUGCCAAAGCCAGGUCCCUCUGGAGACUGGAGCCUCUUCGAAUCAGUUGGAGUGGGAGUCACAUCCGCUGGGGCCAGCCAUUUCGCGUUCGACACCUCACCACGGGCCACUACCUGGCGCUGACGGAGGACAGGGGGUUGGUCUUGCAGGACCGGGAGAAGUCUGACACGACCUCCACUGCCUUCUGCUUCAGACCCUCCAAGGAAAAGGUGGAGUCCAGCCCAAAACGUGACAUCGAAGGAAUGGGGGCGCCGGAGAUAAAGUACGGGGACUCGAUCUGCUUUGUCAUGCAUGUGGCCACGGGGCUGUGGCUGUCCUACCAGGCUCCAGAUGUGAAAUCUGCUCGCCUGGGGCCGCUCAAGAGAAGGGCCUGCCUCCACUCGGAAGGUCACAUGGAUGAUGGGCUGACCCUCCAGCGCUGCCAACAUGAGGAGUCCAGGGCAGCUCGCAUCAUCCGCAACACCACCAGGCUCUUUAAGCACUUCAUCAGAGACUUGGACAGUUUGAGUGGAAAGAACCGUGCGGCUGUCGCCCUGCCUAUUGAGGAGGUCCUGCAGACUCUGAAUGACCUCAUCACCUACUUCCAGCUGCCCGAUGCCGAGCUGGAGCAUGAGGAAAAACAGAACAAGCUCCGCUCACUCAAGAACCGGCAGAACCUCUUCAAACAGGAAGGAAUGCUGACCCUGGUGUCCAGCUGCAUUGACCGGCUGAGUGUAUAUAACAGUGCGGCCCAUUUUGGGGAGUGCGCUGGGGAGGAGGCCGGUGCAGCUUGGAAGGACAUCCUCAACCUCCUUUAUGAACUGUUGGCUGCCCUCAUAAAGGGGAACAGAAACAACUGUGCCCAGUUCUCCCAAAACCUGGACUGGUUGGUCAGCAAGCUUGAAAGACUGGAGUCAUCCUCAGGAAUCCUGGAAGUCCUGCACUGCAUCCUGAUUGAGAGCCCUGAAGCUCUGAACAUUAUCCAGAAAGGCCACAUCAAGUCCAUCAUCUCCCUGCUGUACAAACAUGGGCGUAACCACAAGAUUCUUGAUGUGCUGUGUUCUCUGUGCGUCUGCAAUGGGGUUGCUGUGCGAGCCAAUCAGAACUUCAUCUGCGAUCACCUGCUUCCCAAAAGAGAUCUGCUUCUCCAAACGCGAUUGGUUAAUGACGUCCAGAGCAUGAGGCCCAAUAUUUUCCUGGGUAUGAGUGAAGGUUCGGCCCAGUAUAAAAAGUGGUACUAUGAGCUCAUGAUUGACCAGGUGGACCCCUUCUUGACCAGUGAGCCCUCCCACUUGCGUGUUGGCUGGGCCAACAACAAAGGGUAUGCCCCUUACCCUGGGGGUGGAGAGGGCUGGGGGGGUAAUGGUGUGGGCGACGACCUCUACUCCUACAGCUUUGAUGGACUGCACCUCUGGUCCGGACGCGUUCCACGGGCGGUAGCCUCCAUUAACCAGCACCUUCUGACCUCUGAUGACGUGGUGAGCUGCUGCCUAGACCUGGGUGCCCCCAGCAUCUCCUUCCGCAUCAAUGGGCAGCCCGUUCAGGGCAUGUUUGAGAACUUCAACACAGACGGCCUCUUCUUCCCCGUCGUCAGCUUCUCUGCUGGGGUCAAAGUGCGUUUCUUGCUGGGGGGUCGCCAUGGCGAUUUCAAGUUCCUUCCCCCCUUGGGUUACGCGCCAUGUUAUGAGGCCUUGCUGCCCAAGGAGAAGAUGCGGGUGGAGCCAGUGAAGGAGUACAAGCGUGAUGUAGAUGGUGUGAGGGACCUGCUGGGUACAACCCAGUUUAUGUCCCAAGCGUCCUUCAUCCCCAAACCUGUGGAGACCAGCCAGAUCGUCUUGCCUCCACAUCUUGAGAAAGUUCGGGACAAACUGGCAGAAAACAUCCAUGAACUGUGGGGUAUGAAUAAGAUCGAGCUUGGCUGGUCUUACGGUAAGGUGAGGGAUGACAACAAGAGACAGCAUCCAUGCCUGGUGGACUUCUCGAAGCUUCCUGAAACUGAAAAGAAUUACAACCUGCAGAUGUCAACUGAAACGCUGAAGACCUUGUUGGCAUUGGGCUGCCAUGUUGUCCAUGUCAAUGUCGACGCAGAAGAUGAUCUGAAAAAAAUGAAGCUUCCCAAGAACUACAUGAUGUCCAAUGGUUAUAAACCCACACCGCUGGAGCUUUCCGACGUAAAGCUGACACCUGCUCAGGAAAUUCUGGUCGAUAAGCUGGCUGAGAAUGCUCACAACGUUUGGGCGAAGGACAGAAUCAAGCAAGGAUGGACCUAUGGCAUUCAGCAGGAUUUGAAGAGCAAGCGCAAUCCUCGCCUGGUGCCAUAUGCUUUAUUAGAUGAGCGCACAAAGAAGUCGAACAGGGACAGCCUCCGUGAGGCUAUCAGAACGCUGAUUGGAUAUGGAUACAAUAUUGAACCUCCAGACCAAGAGAGUGCCGGCCAUGUCAGUGAGAGGCUGAGUAUUGACAAGACCCGCUUUUUCCGUGUGGAGCAGACAUAUGCUGUGAAAACGGGGAAGUGGUACUUUGAAUUUGAGGCUGUCACCGGGGGAGACAUGCGUGUAGGUUGGGCCCGACCAGGAUGCAGGUCUGACCUAGAUCUGGGCAUGGAUGACCAGGCAUUUGUUUUCGAUGGGUACAAGGGUCACCGAUUGCACAUGGGCAGCCGCUUCUUUGGCCGCACCUGGCACGCGGGCGACGUAGUCGGCUGCAUGAUUAAUAUGGAGGAUAAAUCCAUGAUCUUCACCCUGAAUGGAGAAAUCCUCAUUACAAAUAAGGGCUCCGAACUGUGCUUCGCAGAUUUUGAGACUGAGGAUGGCUUCAUCCCAGUAUGUAGCCUGGGUCUCUCUGAGAUUGGCCGCAUGAACCUUGGGAAGGAUGCCAGCACCUUCAAAUACUACACCAUGUGUGGUCUUCAGGAGGGCUUUGAACCUUUCGCCGUUAACAUGAACCGGGAAGUUACUAUGUGGUUCAGUAAACGUCUACCUACCUUCGUCAAUGUGCCAAAAAACCACAACCAUAUAGAGGUUACCAGAAUCGAUGGCACCAUCGACAGCCCGCCGUGUCUCAAAGUGACCCAUAAGACCUUUGGGACCCAGAACAGCAAUGCCAAUAUGGUGUUUUGCCGGCUGAGCAUGCCAGUGGAGUUCCAGCCCACCUUUCGGAGCAGUCCCUCUAUUGACAUAAAUGGGGUGCUUGAGGAUGAGUCUCAGAAAUCCAAACACAGACAUACUGGCAAAGCCCAGAAACAUCAGGAAGAUGGAAGGAGGACAGAUUACAGUAGCAUCACGAUGUACUAUCACUCUGUGCGGGUUUUCGCGGGUCAGGACCCCUCCUGUGUGUGGGUGGGCUGGGUCACUCCUGACUACCAUUACUAUAGCAACAACUUCAGCCUCAGCAAGAACCGAACAGUCACUGUUACUCUGGGAGAUGAGAGAGGGCGGGUACAUGAAAGCAUUAAGAGGAGCAACUGCUACAUGGUGUGGGGAGGGGACAUCGCCAGCACCUCCCCCUCCUCUGGCCGCAGCAACGUGGACUUGGAGGUCGGGUGCCUCAUCGACCUGGCCACUGGCCUUGUGUCUUUCUCUGCUAAUGGCAAGGAGCUGCCCACCUCCUACCAGGUUGAGCCCAACACAAAGCUGUUCCCAGCAGUGUUUGUGCAGCCCACAAGUCCCAAUCUGUUUCAGUUUGAGCUGACAAAGAUAAAGAAUGCCAUGCCCCUGUCAUCCGCCAUCUUUAAGAGCGAGCACAAAAACCCCGUGCCGCAGUGCCCGCCCCGUCUGGACGUACAGACCAUCAUCUCUGUGCUGUGGAGCCGGAUGCCCAACACCUUCCUGAAGGUGGAGACUGCCAGGGUGAGCGAGAGGCAUGGCUGGGUGGUGCAGUGCCUGGAGCCCCUGCAGAUGCUGGCUGUGCACAUCCCUGAGGAGAACAGGUGUGUGGACAUAAUGGAACUCUCCGAACAGGAGGACCUGAGGAAGUUCCACUACCACACGCUUAAUCUCUACUGCGCCCUGUGUGCCCUUGGGAACACUCGGGUGGCACACGCCCUGUGCAGCCACCUUGACCAGUCCCAGCUGCUAUACACCAUCGAUAACCAGUAUCUGUCCGGCAUGUUGCGAGAGGGCUUUUACGACGUGCUCGUCAGCAUUCACCUGGAGACGGCAAAGGAGGCCCGGCUCAUGAUGAAUAACGAGUUCAUCAUCCCGGUGACCGACGAGACACGCAGCAUCCGCCUCUUCCCCGACGAAUCCAAGAUCCACUCGCCUCCCGGCGUGGGCCUCAGUACCUCGCUCAAGCCCCGGCUGAACUUCGUGCCACUCUGCUUCAUCACCACCAAGCGGGAGCAGCACCUCUACAGCCCACAGAUCCCGCUGGACGCGCUCAAGGAGAAGGCCAUCAGCAUGCUUACGGAGGCCGUUCAGGGCGGCGGCCACCACAUCCGUGACCCAGUGGGGGGCAGCGUGGAGUACCAGUUUGUGCCCAUCCUCAAGCUGAUCGGCACGCUGCUCACCAUGGGUGUGCUGGCCAGUGAGGACGUGCACAAGAUUCUGCUGCUCAUUGACCCCAAUGUCUUUGGUGACUCCAAGGAGGAAGAACCAGAAGAGGCCACCAAGAAGGAGGAGGUGACCAGCAAUGAGGAAAAGGCCGUGGAGGCAGGAGAGGAGGAGGCCAAGGAUGCCAGGCAGCCAAUUAAGGGCCUGCUUGAAAAGAGACUGCCUGAGUCUGUCAAGCGACAGAUGUGCGAACUGCUCCACUACUUCUGUGACUGCGAGCUGAGGCACCGCAUCGAAGCCAUCGUGUCUUUUUCAGACAGCUUUGUCUCCAAGCUUCAGUACAACCAGAAGUUCCGAUACAAUGAGCUGAUGCAGGCCCUCAACAUGUCUGCUGCCGUCACCGCCAAGAAGACGAAAGAGUUUCGCUCGCCUCCCCAGGAGCAGAUUAAUAUGUUGCUGAAUUUCAGCAUGGGUGAGGAUUGCCCUUGUCCAGAGGAUAUCCAGGAGGAGCUGUAUGACUUCCAUAAUGAGCUGCGCCUACACUGUGGAAUCCCCAUCGAGGAGGAGGAAGAGGAGCAGGACACUUCCAUCAAGGGCCGCUUACUGGCUCUGAUCUACAAGAUCAAAGGCCCCCCACAGAAAACCAAGGAGGAGCCUACAGUGGAGGAGAAGUCAGCUCCCACCAAUCUGAAGGAGCUGAUCUCCCAGACCAUGGUGAGCUGGGCCCAGGAGUGCCACAUCCAAGACCCGGAGCUGGUGCGGGUGAUGUUCAGCCUGCUGCGACGGCAGUACGACAGCAUCGGUGAGCUCCUGCGGGCCAUGCGCAAGAGCUACAGCAUCAGCGCCGCCUCCGUGCAGGAUACCAUCAACCUACUAGCCUCGCUGGGUCAGAUCCGCUCGCUGCUCAGCGUACGCAUGGGCCAGGAGGAGGAGCGGCUCAUGAUCGACGGCCUGAGUGACAUCAUGAACAAUAAAGUGUUUUACCAACACCCCAACCUGAUGCGGGUCCUGGGCAUGCAUGAAACUGUGAUGGAGGUGAUGGUGAACGUACUUGGGGGCGGCAAGUCUCAGGAGAUCGCCUUCCCGAAGAUGGUGGCCAGCUGCUGCCGCUUUCUGUGCUACUUCUGUCGGAUCAGCCGUCAGAACCAGAAGGCCAUGUUCGACCACCUGAGCUACCUGCUGGAGAACAGCAGUGUGGGACUGGCAUCUCCUUCUAUGCGGGGCUCAACCCCUCUGGAUGUAGCCGCCUCAUCAGUGAUGGACAACAAUGGUCUGGCGUUGGCACUAGAGGAGCCAGACCUAGACAAGGUGGUGACAUACCUGGCUGGCUGUGGGCUCCAGAGCUGCCCAAUGCUCUUGGUGAAAGGAUAUCCUGACAUUGGCUGGAACCCUAUCGAAGGCGAACGCUACCUGUCUUUCCUUCGUUUUGCUGUUUUUGUCAAUGGUGAAAGCGUGGAGGAGAACUCCACUGUUGUGGUGAAGUUGCUGAUCCGGCGGCCAGAAUGUUUUGGUCCAGCCCUUCGGGGUGAGGGGGGCAAUGGCCUCCUGGCUGCCAUGAAGGAAGCCAUCAAGAUCUCCGAGACCCCGGCCCUGGACCUGCCCAGUGCCGCCCAGGGGGUCAGCUCAGACGUCUCUGCUGAAGAUGAAGAGGAGGAAGAAGUGGUGCACAUGGGCAAUGCCAUCAUGUCCUUCUACUCCGCUCUUAUUGACCUGCUGGGGCGCUGUGCCCCGGAGAUGCAUCUGAUCAACAAGGGUAAAGGGGAGGCCCUGCGGAUCCGUGCCAUCCUGCGAUCUCUGGUUCCCACAGAGGACUUGGUGGGGAUCAUCAGUAUACCCCUUAAAAUGCCUGUAGUGAACAAAGAUGGAACUGUAACGGAGCCUGACAUGUCAGCCAGCUUUUGUCCGGACCACAAGGCACCCAUGGUGCUGUUUUUGGACCGUGUGUAUGGUAUAGAGGACCAAAGCUUCCUGCUACAGCUGCUGGAGGUGGGCUUCCUGCCUGACCUGCGUGCCUCUGCGUCCUUGGACACGGAGACACUGAGCACCACAGAGACGGCGCUGGCCAUGAACAGAUACAUAUGCUCUGCGAUGCUGCCUCUGCUGACCCGCUGCGCCUCGCACUUUGCGGGCACGGAGCACUACGCGACACUUAUCGACUCUACCCUGCACACCAUCUACCGGCUCUCCAAGGGCCGCUCUCUCACCAAGGCCCAGCGCGACGCAAUUGAGGAGUGCCUGCUCGCCAUCUGCAAGCAUCUCCGGCCCUCGAUGCUACAACAGCUUCUGCGCCGCCUCGUCUUUGACGUGCCCUUGCUGUCGGAGUACUGCAAAAUGCCCCUAAAACUCCUGACCAAUCACUACGAGCAGAGCUGGAAGUACUACUGCUUGCCUGCAGGAGGCGGUGGGUAUGGUAUGGCAUCUGAGGAGGAGCUUCUUCUUACCAAGAAGCUGUUCUGGGGAAUCUUCGACUCACUCUCGCAGAAGAAAUACGACCCGGAGCUCUUCAAAAUGGCUAUGCCCUGCCUGAGCGCCAUCUCCGGAGCACUGCCGCCUGACUAUGUGGACUCAUCUAUGAGCACCACCUUGGAGAAGCAGGCUUCAGUGGAUGCCCAGGGCAACUUCGACCCCAAACCUAUCAACACUGCUAACAUUUCGCUUCCAGAGAAGCUGGAAUAUGUUGCCAACAAAUAUGCAGAGCAUUGUCAUGACAAAUGGGCUGCAGAAAAGUUGACCUUAGGUUGGAAGUUUGGGGAGAUGGUAGACGAGAAGGCCAAGACCCACCCUCUGCUGAAGACUUACAAGUCCCUGGCAGAGAAGGACAGGGAGGUUUAUCGCUGGCCUGUGAAGGAGUCUCUGAAGAGCAUGCUAGCUAUGGGCUGGAACAUGGAGAGGACCAAGGAGGGUGAAGCCAUGGUCCAGCAGCGGGAGAGUGAGAAGCUUCGUAGGAUUUCCCAGUCCUCUCAGCAGGGAAAUGGCUACAGCCCGUGUCCAGUGGAUAUGAGUAAUGUACUUCUGUCAAGAGAGUUACAGGGCAUGGUUGAGGUGGUAGCAGAAAACUACCACAAUAUUUGGGCAAAGAAAAAGAAAACUGAACUUGGAAGCAGAGGAGGUGGGACACACCCCUUGUUGGUGCCCUAUGACACCCUGACGGCCAAAGAGAAGGCCCGGGAUCGGGAGAAGUCCCAGGAGCUGUUCCGCUUCCUGCAAAUUAACGGAUACGCUAUCACAAGAGGCCUGAAGGACAUGGAGCAGGACUCUUCUUCCAUGGAGAGGCGCUUCGCCUACAAAUUUCUGAAAAAACUGCUGAAAUACGUGGACUCUGCACAGGAGUUCAUCGCUCACUUAGAGGCCAUGGCCUCCAGCGGCAAGACUGAUAAGUCUCCACAUGAGCAGGAAAUCAAAUUCUUUGCAAAAGUCUUGCUCCCGCUAAUAGACCAGUACUUCAAGAACCACAGUCUCUAUUUUCUUUCAUCUCCUAGCAAGAACCUGAGUAGCAGUGGCUAUGCCUCCAACAAAGAGAAGGAGAUGGUCACUAGCCUUUUCUGUAAACUGGCAGCUCUUGUCAGACACAGGAUUUCUCUUUUUGGAAGCGACUCAGCCACCAUGGUAAACUGUCUCCACAUCCUGGCACAUACUCUUGUGGAGCAGCCGCUGAGGUCCAAAAAGUGUGUGUGGCAGAAGCUGCUUUCCAAACAGCGUAAGCGUGCUGUGGUGGCCUGCUUUCGCAUGGCUCCUCUCUACAACCUGCCCAGGCAUCGCUCUAUUAACCUCUUCCUCAUGGGCUAUCAGAGAAUUUGGAUAGAGACAGAGACGUACUCCUUUGAGGAGAGCCUAGUGCAGGACCUGGCAAAGAUCCAGAUGAAGGUGGAGGAGGAAGAGGAGGAGGAAACAGAGAUGCAGCCAGACCCUCUUCAUCAGCUUAUCCUUCAUUUCAGUCACAAUGCACUCACAGAGCGGAGUUACUUGGAAGAGGACCCUUUAUACAUCGCAUACGCUGACAUGAUGGCAAAGAGCUGUGCCGAAAGUGAAGAAGAAGAAGAGGAUGAGGAGAAAGAGAAGACCUUUGAGGAGAAGGAGAUGGAGAAGCAGAGGACUCUCUACCAGCAGGCCAGGCUGCAUGACAGAGGGGCGGCUCAGAUGGUUCUGCAGAUGAUCAGUGCCAGUAAAGGCCGGCUGGGUCCUAUGGUCACAGUCACACUGAAAUUGGGCAUCUCCAUUCUCAAUGGGGGAAACGUGCUUGUCCAGCAGAAAAUGCUGGAUUACCUAAAGGAGAAAAGAGAUGCUGGAUUCUUCAAGAGUUUAUCUGGACUGAUGCAGUCUUGCAGUGUCCUGGAUUUGAAUGCAUUUGAAAGGCAGAACAAAGCAGAAGGUCUGGGAAUGGUGACUGAGGAAGGUUCAAUCAACGUGAGUGAGCAGGGCUCUAAGGUACUGCAGAAUGACGAUUUCACAAAGGAUCUCUUUAGGUUCCUGCAACUUCUCUGUGAAGGUCACAAUAACGACUUCCAGAAUUUCCUGCGUACCCAAACUGGAAACACCACCACCGUUAACAUAAUCAUCAGUACCGUGGAUUAUCUGCUUCGGCUGCAGGAAUCCAUCAGCGAUUUUUACUGGUACUAUUCUGGAAAGGAUGUCAUGGAUGAAACUGGCCAACGUAACUUCUCCAAAGCCUUGGCCGUUGCCCGACAGAUCUUCAAUUCCCUCACUGAGUACAUCCAGGGCCCCUGUAUUGGGAACCAGCAAAGUUUGGCUCACAGCAGGUUGUGGGACGCAGUGGUGGGCUUUCUACAUGUCUUUGCCAACAUGCAGAUGAAGCUGUCACAGGACUCAAGCCAGAUCAAGCUACUGAAGGAACUGCUGGACUUGCAGAAGGAUAUGAUAGUCAUGCUGUUGUCUCUUCUGGAAGGAAACGUGGUAAAUGGAACAAUUGGUAAGCAGAUGGUGGACACCUUGGUGGAAUCCUCUAGCAACGUAGAGAUGAUCCUGAAGUUCUUUGACAUGUUCCUCAAACUGAAGGACCUGACUACCUCUGACAACUUCAAAGAAUAUGAUCCUGAAAGCAAGGGUGUAAUCUCCAAAAAGGAAUUCCAAAAAUCCAUGGAGAAUCAAAAGCAGUACUCCCAGUCAGAGAUUGAGUUCCUUCUUUCCUGUGCAGAGGCUGAUGAGAAUGAUAUGUUUAAUUAUAAGGAGUUUGUGGAACGUUUCCAUGAGCCUGCCAAGGAUAUUGGCUUUAAUGUGGCUGUGCUCCUCACCAAUCUCUCAGAACAUAUGCCCCAUGACUCACGACUCAGUACCUUCCUCGACCUCGCUGAAAGCGUUCUCAGCUACUUUGAACCAUACCUGGGGCGCAUUGAGAUAAUGGGAGGUGCUAAAAGGAUUGAGAGGGUCUACUUUGAGAUCAGCGAGUCCAGUAGGACCCAAUGGGAGAAACCCCAGGUCAAGGAAUCUAAGCGACAAUUCAUCUUUGAUGUUGUCAAUGAGGGUGGUGAGAGUGAAAAGAUGGAGCUUUUUGUCAACUUCUGUGAGGACACCAUCUUUGAGAUGCAGCUGGCCUCACAGAUCUCAGAACCAGAUGCAGUGGAGCGACCAGAGGAUGAUGAGGAAGAUUUACAUAGUCUUUUGGAGGAGCUGGAGGAGGAGGAUGAAGAGCAUGCACUCGAGUCAUCCUCUGCCUUCUCCAUUGCCUGUGCCUCAAUGAAGAAAAACCUGUGCAGUUUCCGUCAGAUGCUGACCAUCAGAAGCAUGCGAAAGCGAUAUAAAAAGUUAAGAAAAAUGACUGUGAAGGAGAUGAUCAAAGGGUUUUUCUCUUUCUUCUGGAUGAUUUUCACUGGCAUUUUCUACUUCAUGUUCAACCUGGUCUGGGGCUUUUUCCACAUCCUCUGGACUUCCAUGUUUGGAGGAGGCCUUGUAGAGGGGGCUAAGAAUAUGAAAGUGACGGACAUCCUGGGAAACAUGCCUGAUCCCACACAGUUUGGUAUCCAUGGUGAUGUGCUGGAGGCAGAGAAGCUGGAGCCUGGUGAUCUAUCAUCUACAGCAGAGCUGGUACAGAUGGCUAAAGGAGACAAGGUGGAGGCCGACCUUAUGACUGAGCUAUUAAAUAUCCAGCCAAAGAAGGAAGGAGGAAAGCAUGCACUGGAGCCUGGCUUAGGCGACGUGUCUGAGAUUGUUGGCUCUGACGCGCCCUCCAUUGCAAGUGCUGUGCGCCAGAAAAAAGCUCAGAAGGAGGCUGCUGGCAUCGAGGCCGCUGAGACCGAUCAGAAAGCAGAGCCUGAGAAGGCAGACACAGAGGAUGGAGAGAAAAAGGACAAAGCCAAAGAGGAGAUGCCAUCUGAGCCUGCCACGGAGGAGGAGAAGAAGGUCCCCAAGAAAAGACGAGAUCAAAAGAAGGAGGCACCCGAGGCUUUCAUGGCCAGCUUCUUCGCUGGACUGGAGGUCUACCAGACCAAGAUGCUUAACUAUCUGGCCAGGAACUUCUACAAUCUCCGUCUCCUGGCUUUGUUUGUUGCCUUUGCCAUCAAUUUCAUUCUGCUCUUCUAUAAGGUCACAGGCGAUGACUCGGAUGAGGAGGCAGAUCCCUGGAAUGGUGAUGAUGAAAAUGAGGAAGGCGGUACGGAGUACUUUGUGCUGCAGGAGAGCACUGGGUACAUGGCACCCACUCUCCGCUUCCUGGCCAUCCUGCACACAGUCAUCUCUUUCCUGUGUGUGGUGGGAUACUAUUACCUUAAGGUGCCCUUGGUGGUGUUUAAGCGUGAGAAAGAGAUCGCAAGGAAGCUGGAGUUUGAUGGCCUGUACAUCACUGAGCAGCCCUCGGAUGAUGACAUCAAAGGACAGUGGGAUCGACUGGUCAUCAACACCCCCUCUUUUCCCAACAACUACUGGGACAAAUUUGUUAAACGCAAGGUGAUCAAUAAGUAUGGAGAUCUUUAUGGGGCAGAGAGGAUAGCUGAAUUGCUGGGUCUGGAUAAGAGUGCUCUGGACUUCAACCCCACCAAGGAGGCUGUAGUUAAGGAGGCCUCGCUGGUCUCAUGGCUCAGCUCCAUCGACACCAAAUACCACAUCUGGAAAAUGGGUGUGGUCUUUACAGACAACCCUUUUCUCUACCUGGUCUGGUACACCACCAUGUCAAUCCUUGGACACUACAACAACUUCUUCUUUGCUGCUCACUUGUUGGACAUUGCUAUGGGCUUCAAAACCUUGAGAACCAUCUUAUCUUCAGUUACUCAUAAUGGCAAACAGCUGGUGCUGACGGUAGGGCUGCUGGCAGUGGUGGUGUACCUGUACACUGUGGUGGCCUUCAACUUCUUCCGCAAGUUCUACAACAAGAGCGAGGAUGAAGAUGAACCAGACAUGAAGUGUGAUGACAUGAUGACCUGCUACCUGUUCCACAUGUAUGUGGGCGUGAGGGCCGGUGGUGGCAUCGGAGAUGAAAUCGAGGACCCUGCAGGCGACCCUUAUGAGCUUUACCGCAUCCUCUUUGAUAUCACCUUCUUCUUCUUUGUCAUUGUCAUCCUGCUGGCCAUCAUCCAAGGUCUAAUCAUUGAUGCAUUUGGAGAGCUGAGAGAUCAACAGGAACAAGUGAAAGAAGACAUGGAGACCAAAUGCUUCAUCUGUGGAAUUGGAAAUGAUUACUUUGACACAACACCACAUGGCUUUGAGACACACACCUUACAGGAGCACAACCUGGCUAACUACCUGUUCUUCCUGAUGUACCUCGUCAACAAGGAUGAGACGGAGCACACUGGUCAGGAGUCGUACGUGUGGAAGAUGUAUCAGGAGAGAUGCUGGGACUUCUUCCCUGCCGGAGACUGUUUCCGCAAGCAGUACGAGGACCAGCUGGGGUAGAUCAGACCUUGUAUCUUCAGUUCCCUGUCAACUGCUGAAGAAACACACAGACACCAUGAAAGAACCUCCAAACUGUUCUACGACUGCACCACAGGUAUCCUCAAACAUCUGAACUUAAGAGAACAUAAGCCCUCGAUCAUCAGAGAGACCAGAUGCAAAAGUCAUACUAUUAUUUUGUAUUUAAGUGAAACCAUCUUGUAUCAGCAUUAAAUAUUUCCAUUUUAUUCUAUGGUACAGUGCCACAUUUCAGUGUACCAAAACUUACAAAAAAGAUACAAACUUUUGUUUUUUUGGGAACAGUCUGUUCUUUUGACAUGUUGCCUUUCUUAUGAAUAAUACUGAGCCGUUGCAUAAAAUUUUUCGUCUCUGACAAACACUGGAUUGUGUAGGGUUUUGGAAUGAGGUUUCAAUCUCUGUCCUAAUUAUGCACAAGAAUUACCACUUCAAUAUUCACAGAAUGUUGAAAUUGAGACUUAUGCCAAAUGGUUGUAUGCGUAGAUUUAUAAACAGUGUUGUAAUAUUUAAACUGUCACUCUGCCUGAUCAGAUGAAAAACAGUUUAAAUGAAGUUGAGCUAAAGGGUUGAACAUGCUUUGAAAUGCCUACUAUCAAGUAUCAAAGUGCCUUACUGACAUGACAAAGCUAUGCAAAACCAUUUCUGUUCUUUCUAGUAUGGUAGUGCUGUAGUUUUCCUGGAUUAGCGACAAGCAGAUGUAUCAAGGUUAGUUUUGUGGCUUUUGUUUUAAAAUUAAGGGACAUGUAAAUUCUAUUCAGUUUCUCUCCAACUGCAGCAACCCAACUGCAAAUAUUCACAAUACAAUUAAACUGCUAAGAAAUCACCAUUCAAAAGUCAAAAAGUCAACAAUGGGAAUAAAUGCUGUUGUAUGGCCAUUUGUAUGUAGUAGCUUUGCUAACCUGUGUAUUUCUUUUGAGGGGGGAAAUAAAGAACCCACUUGCAAUAAAAUAUUUCUGCUUGAA